UCAAGGGACAAAUAACAAGCUGACCCAGCUGGGAAAUGUGGAAGACCAUUUCACCAGCCUGCAGAGGAUGUACAACAACUGCGAGGUGGUACUGAGCAACCUGGAGAUUACAUACGUGGAGCACAAUCGUGACCUCUCUUUCCUGAAGACGAUACAGGAGGUUGCAGGCUACGUGCUCAUCGCGCUUAACAUGGUGGAUGUCAUUCCCCUAGAAAACCUCCAGAUCAUCCGAGGCAAUGUGCUGUAUGACAACUCUUACGCCCUGGCAGUUUUAUCAAAUUACGACAUGAAUAAAACCCAGGGACUCCGAGAGCUGCCAAUGAAACGGCUAUCAGAAAUUCUCAAUGGAGGUGUUAAAAUCAGCAACAACCCCAAACUGUGCAACAUGGACACUGUUCUCUGGAAUGACAUCAUUGACACGAGCAAGAAGCCUCUCACGGUGCUUGAAUUUGCAAGCAACCUGUCUUCUUGUCCCAAAUGCCAUCCGAACUGCACAGAAGACCACUGCUGGGGCCCUGGCGAACAGAACUGCCAGACAUUAACGAAAGUCAUCUGUGCCCAGCAGUGCUCUGGCCGGUGCAGGGGGAAGGUGCCCAGCGACUGCUGCCACAACCAGUGUGCUGCAGGGUGCACGGGGCCUCGGGAGAGCGACUGCCUGGCAUGCCGCAAGUUUCGGGAUGAUGCUACGUGCAAGGAUACGUGUCCGCCAUUGGUCCUGUAUAACCCCACCACCUAUCAGAUGGAUGUCAACCCCGAUGGAAAAUACAGCUUCGGAGCCACUUGUGUGAGGGAAUGUCCACACAACUAUGUGGUGACAGACCACGGCUCCUGCGUUCGCUCGUGCAAUACUGAUACUUAUGAAGUGGAAGAAAACGGUGUUCGGAAGUGUAAAAAGUGUGAUGGGCUAUGCAGCAAAGUGUGCAACGGCAUUGGAAUAGGUGAACUUAAAGGGAUCCUCUCCAUAAACGCCACAAACAUCGACUCCUUCAAAAACUGUACGAAGAUCAACGGGGAUGUCAGCAUUCUCCCAGUUGCAUUUCUAGGCGAUGCGUUCACAAAGACUCUACCCUUGGACCCCAAGAAGUUGGAUGUCUUCAAAACAGUCAAAGAAAUAUCAGGAUUUUUGUUGAUUCAGGCCUGGCCCGAUAAUGCUACUGAUCUCUAUGCUUUCGAAAACCUGGAGAUUAUACGAGGCAGAACCAAGCAACAUGGCCAGUAUUCCCUCGCCGUUGUUAACUUGAAAAUACAGUCACUGGGGCUGCGCUCCCUCAAGGAAAUAAGUGACGGAGAUGUUGCCAUUAUGAAGAAUAAAAACCUCUGCUACGCUGACACCAUGGACUGGCGCAGCCUGUUUGCAACUCAGAGCCAGAAAACAAAGAUUAUACAGAACAGAAAUAAGAAUGAGUGUGCUGCUGCCAGGCAUGUUUGUGACCCCCUGUGCUCAGACGUGGGCUGCUGGGGCCCCGGACCCUUCCACUGCUUCUCCUGCAGGUUUUUCGAUCGCCAGAAGGAGUGUGUGAAACAGUGCAAUAUCCUGCAAGGGGAGCCGAGAGAGUUUGAAAGGGACUCCAAGUGCCUCCCCUGCCACCCCGAGUGCCUGGUGCAAAACUCCACCGCGUACAACGCAACCUGCACUGGACCUGGCCCUGACAAUUGCAUGAAGUGUGCCCAUUUUAUAGACGGCCCUCACUGUGUGAAAUCCUGCCCGGCAGGGGUUCUGGGUGAGAAUGACACCCUCGUCUGGAAAUAUGCUGACGGGAAUGCUGUUUGCCAGCUCUGCCAUCCAAACUGUACCCGGGGGUGCAAAGGGCCAGGUCUUGAAGGCUGUCCAAACGGCUCCAAAAUCCCGUCUAUCGCAGCUGGCGUCGUUGGAGGUCUCCUGUGCCUGGUGGUGGUCGGCUUGGGCAUCGGCCUCUACUUGCGGAGGCGCCACAUCGUCAGGAAGCGGACCCUGCGCCGGCUGCUGCAGGAGAGGGAGCUUGUCGAACCACUGACACCCAGUGGGGAGGCACCGAACCAGGCUCAUCUAAGAAUUUUAAAGGAAACAGAAUUUAAAAAGGUCAAAGUUUUAGGCUCUGGAGCUUUUGGCACUGUUUAUAAGGGACUUUGGAUCCCAGAAGGGGAGAAGGUCAAAAUUCCUGUCGCUAUUAAAGAGUUGAGAGAGGCUACAUCACCAAAAGCCAACAAGGAAAUACUUGAUGAAGCUUACGUGAUGGCUAGUGUUGACAAUCCUCAUGUGUGCCGCUUGUUGGGAAUCUGCCUCACUUCUACUGUUCAGCUCAUCACACAGCUGAUGCCUUACGGCUGCCUCCUUGAUUACAUCAGAGAGCACAAGGACAACAUUGGCUCCCAGUACCUCCUCAACUGGUGUGUGCAAAUUGCAAAGGGAAUGAACUAUUUGGAGGAGCGUCGCCUGGUGCACCGUGACCUUGCUGCCAGAAACGUCCUCGUUAAGACUCCUCAACACGUGAAAAUCACGGACUUUGGGCUGGCAAAGCUGCUCGGCGCCGAUGAGAAGGAGUAUCACGCCGAGGGAGGCAAGGUUCCUAUUAAAUGGAUGGCCUUGGAGUCAAUUUUACACCGGAUUUACACUCAUCAAAGUGAUGUCUGGAGUUACGGUGUGACAGUUUGGGAGCUGAUGACAUUUGGGUCCAAGCCGUACGACGGGAUCCCUGCCAGUGAAAUCUCCUCUGUCUUGGAGAAGGGCGAGCGUUUGCCCCAGCCCCCCAUCUGUACCAUCGAUGUGUACAUGAUCAUGGUCAAGUGCUGGAUGAUCGAUGCAGACAGCCGUCCCAAGUUUCGCGAACUGAUAGUGGAGUUCUCGAAAAUGGCCCGUGACCCCCCACGCUAUCUCGUUAUACAGGGAGACGAUAGGAUGCACCUGCCCAGCCCUACGGACUCCAAGUUUUAUCGCACCCUGAUGGAGGAGGAGGACAUGGAAGAUAUAGUGGACGCAGAUGAGUAUCUCGUGCCGCACCAGGGCUUCUUCAACAGCCCCUCAACAUCCCGCACUCCUCUCUUGAGUUCAUUGAGCGCUACUAGCAACAAUUCUGCUACAACCUGCAUUGACAGAAAUGGGGGGCACCCUGUGAGGGAAGACAGCUUUGUCCAGAGGUAUAGCUCAGACCCAACGGGCGCUUUCUUGGAGGACAGCAUAGACGACGGCUUCCUGCCAGCCCCGGAGUAUGUAAACCAGUUGGUGCCCAAGAAAGCAUCUGCCUCAGUGGUCCAGAAUCCAAUCUACAACAACUUCUCACUCACAGCAAACUCAAAGGUCCCCACGGACUCCAGCUACCAGAAUUCACACAGCACAGCUGUGGACAACCCCGAAUAUCUCAACACCAACCAGUCUCCACUGGCCAAGACAGUCUUCGAGAGCUCUCCUUACUGGAUCCAGGCAGGCAACCACCAAAUAAAUCUGGACAAUCCUGACUACCAGCAGGACUUCUUACCGAAGGAAACCAAACCUAACGGUCUCUUGAAAGUUCCCGCGGCAGAGAACCCGGAGUACUUGAGGGUAGCAGCACCAAAAAGUGAAUACAUUGAAGCCUCUGCAUGA